GAUUCUCUUGGCAACUGACAGAGGAGGAGCAAGCCGCGAAAAUAGUCAAGAUGAAGACUAAUUUGCGACCACAGCUCCCUUGAAAUCCUUGUUCUGUCCAUAGUUUCAACAGUUUGUGUAUAACCAGUGAAAUGGAUUCAAAAGAACCGCCGACACAUAUAAAUAACUCCUCUAUGGAAAUAACUCAGAGUUUGGAAGAAGACCCCUUGGUUGACGGGCCUCUUAUAUCGCCUGAAGCCCUGGACUCUGCCAUAAAGAAAGAAUUUCAGAAGUUGCCAACCUCCUGGGCAGCGUUUUUACUGUCCUUCCUCCAAGUUGCCUUCGUCUGCCUCUCCAUUGUCCUGGCCGUGUUUUGUUCCAUACUGCCGAGCAACCAAACCCAGUGCAGUCAUUACCUGCAGGACCUCAAGAGCGGGCCGGUGAUAGUGUUUGCCAAAGUUGCCCUGUGGCUCCUGCUCGUGGUGUUUGAGCGAUUCGUCCACCGUCACCACAGCGGCGCGCGGAACAGGGGAUACCUUCAGUUUUACCGAUCCAUGAGGAACCUGAAGAGCCUGCCAGUGUUCAUUCAUUCCGCUGGCAACGCGGCCGUGCUGAUCAUCCUGUCUGCGGAGUCGCUGCUGAAGGGCGUCAGGCACCUGGGCAUCGGCCUGCUCCUGGGGGUGCUGGUGCUGGAGCUUCUGCUCGCUGUCCCCUGCCUGCUCAUCUACUCAGUGAAAGUCAGAAACUUCAACAAGCAAAGGCCAGAGCCGGACAUCAGCCAAGAGGAGCGGUCCCACGCCUACUCCAGCCACGCCCAUGUCAUCAACACAGAGACUGGAUUCAGGGACAGCUCAAAUUUGGAAGAGGUCGUGGAAAAGCAAGCAGAUUUGAUUGAGUACUUAAAGCAGCACAACACUUUGCUGAGCAAAAGGAUCCUGUCUCUGACAUCCCAGCAGAUCCGGGACUAAAGACUAAAGAGCCUGUCGCUACAUCAUGUGGGAAGGGGUAUGCAACAUAAUAUAAUACAAGAUAAUAUAAUAUAACAUGCAUGACAUGGAGUUUCAUGCCAAGUAAGGGAGCCCUCUGCACAUAGAGGAUUGCAUAGAUUUCUGUCCAAAAAUUAAAACAUUUCACCGCACGGAUCUCUCCAUCCAUGUGUUCAGCACAUUUUAAGCGGUGUUAAAUCCCCCAGAAAAGUGGAAAUGGAUGCGUUUAAAAACUUGUCUGUGUGGGUUACCUGUUGAAAUGUGAGUUCUGUUUUUAAGUAAAUACAUGCCUUUAAUUGGAGGGAUUUGAAAUAAAGUUUAAAAGCGGGUGCUGGACAUGGUGCAAAGAUGUGAGAAAGGUGAAGUGUUUUAUUUUUGCGUAACGACCCCAUGCAACCCUUAAUGAUCUGAAUAAAAAGUGAGGAAUGUUGAAUCAUGAGACUGACAUUCACACAUGCACACUCACUCGUAAAAUUAAACACAAGGAAGAUUCAACUUCAGAUUCAGCUUCUCAUGUCAGUAAUAAAAGGAUUUAAUCAUUGUGAUGCAGAUAAUGAAUUCAUUCAGUAAUACAGCUAAAUGCAGUGAUUUACCCUAUUGUUUCAUAUGCUGAUAACUUGAGUAUGAUGGUUUACAAAUCAUCAUCUUUGUAGCAGUAGUGGUGAAAAUGAUGACUUCUGCACUGUACAUGCAUUGGAAAGACAAGCACAAAGGUUCUGAACAAAAAAACAGGCUUUGUCAGGCACUGUAAAACCUAUCAGAGAGAGGGAAACAAUGUUAUCAGGGUUUCAUAUUGUUUGUGUCUGUUAUUUCUGUUGUCCUUGUAAUUAUAUUUCCAGUGGUUUAAUACGUCUCUAUUCAAUCAAACCGCAAAGGCCCUGUUAAACUACGAAUGUAAAAUUCAAGCAAAUGCUACAUUUUGUCCUUUGGUGGAUUUAUCUUAGGGCAGAUAAUGGUCUGAUACAAUGUACGAAAGGAAAAAAAACACUCAAAAAUGUUCCGGGAAGUUGAUGAGGGUGCAUUGCGGUUAUAUUCAAUAGAGACCUUUGUCAGAAAACAUGGGUUGAAAUAUGAGUGUAGCUGGACGUCGUUGUUUUAUUCUUUUUUUCAUUCAUGUUUGCGAAUGUACAGAUGUUUGGUUUUGUGCUGCGCUGUUGGGGCAGAAGUCAGUAUGAUGUACAGAGCACUGCUGCACUAGUGUAUAAACGUAGUCCUUCAUUUUUGAAAAGGUUCUUUGCCUAGUGUUUUUUAUCAUGCCCGAACCCUUGAGGAAAUGUUCAACUAAGUUUGUAAUUAUGCACUUAUUCUCUACU